AAAUGAACCAAUGCUAUUGUUUAAUCUCUGUGCUGCCAGUUUCUGAAAGUUUGAUUUAAUUGCCAACUUUUUUGUUUUUGAGACAAAAAAGGUAAUUUAGGUGAGCAGGGACAUGUUAGAAAUUCCCUGUUUUAAGCAAAGGGUCACUAUUUAACUGUGGUAGUCGUCAUUUCUGAUUAUAAUUUGAAAUUUAGCAUCAGAUCACUCAAUUGUUGUUCCUUUGUGGUCGUUUUGCAUUUGUCUGCGGUUAAUUUGAUCCAAUUUUGUUUGCUUUAUUUGUUUUGAGAAAUUUGAAUCAGUUUGCAUUUACACUUAAUUACAUCAUUAUUUACUUUUUAAAUUGAUAUUUUAAUUUUCUAAUUGUGUAUUGAUGGAUUGUUCUAUCCUAUCAUAAUUUGUCUUGUUUGGAUUUGGUUUUUUGCUGUUUAAAAAUAUUGUUAGAAUAAGACCUAACCCUAACCCCGUAUGUAGAAAUGCAUGCAGAAAGCAAGCACACACGGAAAGGAGGCAUUUGAGUGGACAUGCUCUUGUUUAUUAAAGGAGAAGCAGGAGGAGAGAAGAAGGGGUGGAGACAAGGAGCAGAGGGGGUGAGAAAAACAUUUACAGUGGAUCAAGGAACCAGAGAACAUUCAAAGGUUUUGAAGAAGAGCAGAAACUAAAAUAGAAUCUGGACAAAUUACAAAAGAAGAGUUGUUGUCUUUGAGCUUGUGGAGUUAUCACUGUUAUAGAAAUGGCCAAGAAGAGGAUUCCAUUAAGGCAUUCAUCAGUGGACCUCAUACCCUUUCCAACCAAAUGCCAUGAGGAUGAUCAUCUGAUGGAUAAGUGAAGUGCCCGAGACUAUUUGGAAAAGUGGAUGAUCUAUUUGAAACAAUACUUUGUCAUAAUAAAUAAUAAUUAAAAAUCUGCAGGAGUAAGCCAAAGCUGGAGGCAGCCAUGAUGUUAACAGUUCUUCGUUGGUUGUUCCUCGUGUCUGUAAUAAUCCUGACCAUUGGUGGAAACGUCCUGGUGUGCUUGGCUGUUGGGCUCAGCCGACGACUGUGGCGGAUUGCCAACUGCUUUGUGGUGUCGCUGGCGGUGGCAGAUCUCCUGCUUGGCCUGCUAGUGCUGCCGCUUUCUGCAACUGUUGAGCUGCGUGAUGGGAAAUGGCCUUUUGGAGGGACCUUGUGUGACAUUUACAUCUCGCUGGAUAUCAUGCUGUGUACAUGCUCCAUCCUGACCCUCCUGGCAAUCAGUGUGAACAGAUAUCUGGCCAUUUCAUCACCCCUCAGCCACUGUCAAAAGGUUACUCCUCAAAGGGUGGCUCUGGCCAUCAUCUCCAUCUGGAGCUUGUCAUUGGCUGUAGCCUUUUUGCCCGUCCACCUGGGCUGGAACACAGCGGAUUACAGGGUACAGAACCUGGACUGGGUCACUGGGGAUGAGGACAAGGAGGGACGCUACUGCCAGUUUGAAUGGAACAACAACUAUGUUCUAAUUUAUGCCUUUGGCUCUUUUUACCUACCUCUGUUGCUUAUGUGUGGAAUGUAUCUUUGUAUUUUCAGAGUGGCUCGAGAACAGGUGCGGCGUAUCCGUGCUACCACCCCCUCAUUUGCACGUUCCGCAACAGCAACCUUAGCUCGUGAGCACAAAGCCACGGUGACCCUGGCAGCCGUACUGGGUGCGUUUAUCAUCUGUUGGUUCCCUUACUUCACCUUCUUCACUUGCAUGGGCAUAAAGGAAAAGACAAACCCUCCAAACACACUUCAUUCAGUGGUCCUGUGGCUCGGCUACUUCAACUCAACUCUGAAUCCCAUCCUUUACCCAGCAUUCAACAGGGAUUUCCGUCAGGCCUAUGGAGAGCUGCUUCGAGGUCCAUCACGAAGAAACCUGCAGCUCACUCACGUGUCUGUGCAAAGCCGACUAGCUUUCAUUAAUGCAAUCAGGGCCUCCCAUCAGUCUAAGAAAAGUUUAGAAACAGUUCAAAUGGAAAAUGAGAAGAGCCUUCCGCUAUUUGAGAAGAACAGCCCCGAUGACCCCAAAUGAAGAUCCUCUUUCACUGACGAACAGCUCAAAGUACAAGAUUAGCUAACAAUUUACAGUGUCAGUUAGAUCUUUAAUUUAUCAAAACAGAGAUUAUUCAACUCAGAGUGCAGCAGGGAAUGUUAUAUCACCGUUUUUAAACAUUUGGAGAAAGCAUAAUAUGAAGUCUAUUGGUGACGUAGAGUAUGUUUUUAUCAUAUUUUCUCAGGUAAGUUUGCAAAACUAGUCAACAUAUUUUUCAGUUAUAAUUGUAUGGAGACUGUUAGUUAAAGGUUUGCCAGCUCUUCUAUGUUUUGAGGCCAGCAGGCUAAUUUGAUAUGCAGGCUGAGUGUAUGUUUGACACGAUUCUAGUUAAAUACCCCGCAGGGCUUCCUGUGGUUUUAGCAGUAACUGAAAAUUUAUUCUACAAAACUAUAACUUCAUGAUAUUAAUGAUUCUUGAUAUAUAGUGAAGCCCAGUCACAUUGAAUUUUGUCCGACUUUAUAAUGAAAUUUUACUGCAACACGUUAAGUAAACUAAAGGACAAGAUGAAAAUCUGAACACUGUGAAAAUAUUGA